AGAGCAUUCCUGGAUUUGUUUGAGGUCGGAGUCUCUUUCAGUGAAGAUCCGGCGUCGAGGAUUUUUCAACUGUGUACGAAGAUCAAACCCCAAAUAACUCAUUUUUUUCUACUCGAGUAACGGACAUUUGCUUACUACUUUUUGGCUCCAGAUUGUUCAAGAAGGAAAAGCUCAAUUGCAGCCACCACAAUCCCGCCCAUUAUGCCAUUUUUCAGCCAAUAAUGCUAAAGUCAUGACAGUUUACGUUCUCUUAAACUGUUAAAAAGCUGAAAACUUUGCUGUUAAGCACAAUAUAUUAAUAGCAACCCGAGACGCAGAGGAGAGUUAUUAAUAUAAGCAGUUAUGGCUGUGGGCCCAGUGGACCCCAGAGAGGUGCUAAAAGGAGUUGAAGCUCUUUUGGGGAAGGAUGGAGAGCUACGGAGCCUUGAGGGAGUCGCUAAAGUCUUCAGUCUUAUGAAGGCUUCUCAUAAAAUGGUUAGCAGAUGCAUGUAUCUAAACAUCCUACUGCAGACAAAAUCUCAUGAUAUUCUAAAUCGAUUUAUCCGAGUUGGGGGCUACAAGUUGUUGAACUCUUGGCUCACCUACUCAAAGACCACCACCAACACCCCUCUACUGCAGCUCAUUCUGCUCACCCUCCAGAAACUUCCCCUGACUGUGGACCACCUCAAGCAGAAUAACACAGCAAAGCUGGUGAAACAACUGAGCAAGAGUGGUGAGACAGAAGAGUUGAGGAAGCUUGCGUUAGUGCUGGUGGACGGGUGGAUGGCCAUUAUCCGCUCUCAGAGUGUCUCCAGUGGAGCCUCACCCAAUGACAAGAAACGGAAAAAGGAGGAGGGAAAAGUGCGUCCAGAGGUGAAGCUACGAGAAAAGGCAGCCGAUGAGGAGAAGAAGAAAGAAAAACCAAAAGCUUAUGCUCCAAGUCAUGCGAAGAUCCGCUCCACAGGUUUGGAGGUGGAGAGCCCAGCUCCAGUUCCUGUAAAGAAGAAUCCCAUUGCACCCCAACUCGGAGAAAAAUACAACAUCAAACCAGCUAUGCUUAAAAGGCCAAACACCACACCAUCUGACACACCACCAGUGGAGAAGAAGUACAAGCCCCUUAACACCACCCCCAACUCUACCAAAGAGAUCAAAGUCAAACUUAUCCCUGCACAGCCAAUGGAGGCAACUGGAUUUUUGGAUGCCCUCAAUUCCGCCCCAGUGCCUGGCAUCAAGAUCAAGAAAAAAAAGUCUAAAGCUGUUUCUCCCACCUCUAAUAAGCCCUGUCCGUUUGACAGUAAGCCACAGGUGUAUUCUGGCUCACAGGCCAAACCAUCUUCCCCUGAGACUCCUUCAUCUCAGACCCCUCCUCAUGAGAACCAAGAGUUGGAGCAGCCCGGCACACCUGUGCCCACCGAGGAACCUGAAGCCAUGGACACCGGUGAUAAGCCCAAUUCUCUGUCCGAACCAAGCGCCGAGGAGGAGAGUCUGACUAAGAAAGGAAAGAAAAAGAAAAGUGUUCGCUGGGCAGAAGAAGAUAAUCUCAAAGAAUACUUCUACUUUGACCUGGAUGAGACUGAAAGGGUGAACGUCAAUAAAAUUAAGGACUUUGGUGAAGCGGCCAAACGGGAGCUGAUGAUGGACAGGCAGACGUUUGAGAUGGCCCGUCGUCAUACUCACGACACGAUGGAGGAAAGGGUACCCUGGACUCCACCACGACCUCUGACCCUAUUAGGUAGCCUGGUCAUUCCAGGAGCAACCAGCCAAGAGAAGAUGAUCCAGAGAGACAGAGAGAUGGGCAUUCUGCAGGAGAUCUUCCUUAGCAAGGAGAGUGUUCCAGAUAGCCCUCAUGAGCCUGACCCUGAGCCAUAUGAGCCCAUGCCUCCCCGUCUCAUCCCAUUGGACGAGGACUCUGCUAUGAUGGAAGAGAAUUACGUGGAGCCUGAUGACAACACUCCCUCUGCUGGCCCCUCUUCUGGUGCUAAUGAAGGCUCUAAGCUGCCUCCUGUUCUGGCCAACCUCAUGGGAAGCCUGGGCAACAGCGGCCGCAGCCCUCAGGCGCAAGGCAACACACCACCUGCCAGUAAUAACCCAGCUGUCAAUGUGCAGGAACUGCUUUCAUCUAUUAUGGGUGCUCAGGGAACUAACCAGUCUCCAGAGGACCUGAUCAAACAGCCUGAUUUCUCUGAUAAGAUCAAGCAGCUUUUGGGCUCUCUGCAACAAAAUCAGAACCAAAAUCAGAACCCGCCUGUCAAUGCUCCACCAAUGAACACCGGUUUGCUUGGUCAUGGCCCUGGCAUGAACAUGAACAACAUGAACAUGCAGAUGCCCAUGAACGGCGGUUUCCCCCCAAACAAGCCCCCUGGUGGGCCACAUUUCAAUCACCCCCCUCCUCCCCAUGGCCACGGGCCACCCUUCAAUGCCGGCGGUCCACGCAUGAUGGGUCCCCCGCCCGGUCUGCAGGGUCGAGGGGUGGACAAUGGCAACUACUGGGGCGACGACUCCAUGAGAGGAGGCCCACACCGGGGAGGCCACUUCCACCGGGGGAGAGGGAGAGGAGGAGAUCAGGGCUUCAGAGGACGAGGGGGUCGCGGAGGACCACGAGGGGGACAUAACAACAUGGGUGAUAUGUCAAAGAGGCCUGUGUGUCGCCAUUUCAUGGUGAAGGGAAACUGCCGGUACGAAAACAACUGUGCAUUUUACCAUCCUGGCGUGAAUGGACCACCACUUCCCCCCCAGCAUGGACACUCACACUGAAAAACUGCCAUUCCAUGAACUUGCCACUAGUGGGCGAAAGGACUCAAAAUGAGCCAUAUAUACAGUAAUUGAAUCUCACUCAAAGAAACAGGACGAUGUGGACGGAGAUAUUUGCGUCUGUGACUACACAAUCCCGUCUGCUUCCUCUGCCUGUACAGGAUCGGUUUCUUCUCCUUUUCCACACUACUAUGCCUCAUCCAAACACAAUAUGAAGGCAAAUGAAAAGCAACAAGAAGAAAUUAGAUUCUCUUUGAAAAUGGUGAUUCAUAUGUAUAUUUUUAUUGUGAUUCUGUGUACAAGUCACUUGACUGCUUAAGAUUGUACUCUGUUGUCCUGUAACCACUAGGACAAAGUGUAAAUAAUUAUCUUCUGCCAGUGGUUCACAGUUACUCAAUUCGGUAUCUUCCUUGGUGCUCAAAACCCCUUGGGCAGCAGUCAAGAGUGCAACUAGGAAUCCCAUCAUGAAAUGUAACACCUUCAUAAGUUAUUGGGCAUAUUAGAACUCAGUCUGGAGAUUUCUAAGAUUCUACUGGUUUAAUUUGGUCCCUCUUACUGUUGCCAAAAGGGGGCGCUCUCUUUGAUGUUUUAUUUUCAGGUUUAAGUUAAAGAAGAGUGAAAAACCAUCUAGUCUAUCAAAUGUGACUAAACAUUUGGCACAUAAAAAGUGCCUCAGGCCAACUUCACACAUGGUCCUCCUAUUUUCAAUGUUUUUGAAGUUUCAGUUUAAAAAAAAAACAGUUGGAAAACGCAGCUGACUGUUAUUCAGCUAAGUCCUUUAGCACUGAAUUGUGUCCAUGUAUUGGUGUUAUGUUCAGCUUGUGCCCAAAUUGGAAUUCUGUACAUGUGAAUCACAACCUGAAGGGUUAAUACUACCUUUUGUGUCAGGGCACAAGAUACAAUAUUUUGAAGUCAUGUUGGGUACUGAUCUUACCUAACCUGCUAAAGAAAUAUCAGCUAUUGUUUGCUGUAGUAUGACAAUCAGGAGAACUGGUUGUGAUGAUUUCCAACUUGAUGUUGAUGCUAUCAUAUGAUUUGCUGUGUGCAUUCACGUAUGUUCUCAUGGUGUCAGACGGUCAGUCCAGCUCAGACUCACGUGGGUCAUCCUGGAGUCACGUAUGUCCUGCUCCAUCAGUGUUCAGCUGAGCCUAACUGGGGCUACAAACCACUAUCAAGGCCAAACUUAUUCAGGUGUUUUCUGUGAAAACAGUGGCCAUUGUGUCUCUUGUGGGACUUUUUCUUUUCUUUUUUUUUUGUUGUUGUUGUUGAUUCACCAUUCUAUUCUCAUGGUUUUAUUUUGAUACAAGUCGGAGGGUAUUUUUUUCUAUCUAAAUUAGGUUUCAUUAUUGUUUCGAGAGAUGUAUAUUUGUCAGAGAGUACCGCUUAAACACAAUAAAAAGCAUAUUCAGAUAUGUACAUUUUUGUUUUUCUAUGUGUAAAUUAAUAAA